AGAGAGAGAGAGAGAGAGAGAGAGAGAGGUGGGAAGUGUUAGGGAAAGCUGGCCGCUCAAGCCGUGCUCACAGUGCAUGAAACACUCUGAAGAGGAAACCUUUACGCGCAGAUAUAAUGGACAUCAAUCCUGGUUACUGCGCUUUACUUUAACAUGAUAUUCCACCUACUUGUUCGUUCAAAACAAUAAUAAAAUGUGGACAGUUCCGAAACCGAAGUAUAGAAGAGGUUCGUGCGACGAAGGGGAGAUUGCUGUCAACAUUGGCGGAGUCCGGGUGGAGCUUUUCGGGGAUGUUUUAAACCGCUACCCGGAGAGCAGACUGGCGGAGUUGUUGAACUGCUCCACCCAAGAUCACGAAGUAAUAUCGUCGCUUUGUGAUGACUUUGAUCCGGGCAGAAAGGAGUUUUACUUCGACCGAGAUCCCGAUGCCUUCAAGUGCAUCAUCGACGUUUACUACUUCGACGAAAUCCACAUCAAACCCGGCAUCUGCCCCAUCUGCUUCAUCAAGGAGAUGGAGUUCUGGAAAAUAGACCAAUACGUUUUGGAUGAAUGUUGUAAAAGUUACCUCAGCGAGAAGGAGGAGGAGCUGACAGAGAUCGCAAACAAAGUCAAAGUGAUCCUGGAGGACCUGGAGGUGGAUCGGUGCAUUACGCGCACCCAGCGGUGCCAGAGGUUUUUAUGGAGACUGAUGGAGAAACCGGGAUCCUCUCUGCCGGCGCGCGUCAUUGCUAUCAUAUCCUUCCUGUCUGUCCUGGUCUCGGCGUUGGUGAUGUGCAUAGGCACCAUCCCGGAGCUCCAGGUGAAGAAUGCUGACGACAAACUGGUGGAGCACCCGACCCUGGAGGGGGUUGACACCGCCUGCAUGUUAUGGUUCACCGCGGAGUAGUACUUGCUGCGUCUCGCCUCCUCUCCGAACAAGCUGCACUUCACGCUCUCCUUCAUGAACGUCAUAGACUUUUUGGCCAUCAUGCCUUUCUACGUGGUCCUGACCCUCACCUCCCUCGGCACCGCGUCCAUGAUGGAGGUGGCUAACGUCCAACAGGCGGUGCAGGCGUUGCGCAUCAUGCGUAUCGCGCGUAUUUUCAAGCUGGCGCGCCACUCCUCCGGGCUGCAGACUCUGACCUACGCGCUCAAGAGUAGCCUGAAGGAGCUGGGGCUGCUCCUCAUGUACAUGGGGGUGGGCAUCUUUGUGUUCUCAGCGCUGGCCUACACAAUGGAGCAAAGCCACCCGGAGACGCUUUUCAGCAGCAUCCCGCAGUCUUUCUGGUGGGCCAUCAUCACCAUGACCACGGUGGGCUACGGAGACAUCUACGCAAAAACCACGCUUGGCAGGUGCAACGUAGCCGUGAGCUUUCUAUGUGGAGUUAUAGCCAUCGCCUUGCCCAUCCACCCAAUCAUCAAUAACUUUGUGGUGGUUUACAAUAAGCAAAGGGUGUUGGAGACUGCAGCAAAGCACGAAGUGGAGCUGAUGGAGCUGAAGAAUGGCAGGGGCAUGCGCAGAAAAUGCAGUGAUUGGUUCCCAAACCUUUUUCUCCUAAGGGGGCCCUUUCUCCAUCGUUAGGUAAACUGAUGACCACUGACUAAGUGACAUAUACAAUGGAUAUUUCAUGAUAUAUUUAACAACAUUGCAGAAUAAGGAUAGAAUGUACAGUUAGUAAAAAUAAUGAAACUAAAACUGCGGGAAGUUUGUGUAAAAUUUGCGAUUUUGAGAAUGUUUAAUUAUUUCCUGUGAAUGUUGCACCAGAGAUGAGUUUUCCUGUUAAUUUUAGAAACUUUCAUGACUAUUAGGACAAAUUGUUAACUUGUUGUAACUGUAUACCUUUUAACUCACAGCGAGGCUGUUUACCAUGAGGGAAUAAUUUGUGUUCUGGUUUUCACUUGCCCGUAUCAUGUCUAUGUUUAUCCAUUUUAGUAACCAUUUAAUAAAAUGUCAUUAACAAAAGGCAAUGCAAUCAUGAGUUAUAAGCCAACUGUAUAUAUUUAGAAUUUUUUUUUAUACAAGUUGCUGUACACUUCUUAAACUCAAGAAGGCGUUGUUGUGACCCCCGGGAUGCUUUGGCGACCCCCAAGUGGGAAUCAGGACCCUUACUUUGGGAACCAGAGGAUUGAGAGACUGUGGAGGCAGCAAAUACUUUUCCAAGACCUUUUAAAGUUUUCUUUCUGAAGGAAUAAAUGGUAGAUGGUAAAUGGACUACUUAUAUAGCGCUUUAUCAGGUCUUCUCGACCCCUCAAAGCGCUUUACAUACUGCGAGUCAUUAACCCAAUCAUGCAGAGCAGUACCACUUGUUCUAUGGAAGCUAACAUUUAUUCACAUUCAAAAGUCACAUGUUCAAAUGUAAUUGGGCAAAACACAUUUAAAACACCACAAACCACACAUGACAUAAUGUAUUUGGUUUGCAGAGACUGUGACAUUGAGACUUUUUAUGGUCCUAUGUUGUUUCUGUUGUUGUUUCUUUUUCAAUCCAUAAUUUUGUUAUUGCGAAUGUUGUUGUUAUUAUUGGGUUAAAGAUUGUGCAUGAAUAAACUCUUUACAUACACUGAUGCAUAGACAAUCAUUCAAGCAUCACCUGUAACAUAUACUUAUGAGCAAGGUGGCACAAAUGUAUGAUAAGAAAUACAGAAUUCUUUGGAGGGGAGUACAAUCGAGUGUGAUCUUGUUGACAUGUUAUAUAUUUGGUUUCAGUGCAUUGGUGACACAUGUAUCAGUCACGGACUUGGAAAGGAGCAUUGUGGGUGGAUUUAUAGCUGAUAACAUCUUAAGAAAUGCCUGUUGAAAGAUUGAUCUAUGCAGAAAUAUGACUAAAGCUGAGUUAUAUUUGGCAGCCCCCGGAAAACAAGCGUGUGAUUAAUCUCAUCAGAUUAUGCUGAAGUUUGUUGUUAAAGGGAUAUAUUUGGUGUUCUUAUUUAAUGGUUGAACACACUGACCAGUAAGAAGGUGUGAUUUUGUAUUCCCUUGGGACCGAUAGGGAAUGUUGGUGGGAACAUUUAUAAAUUAUGCUUUUGAAUAA